GUAUCGCCCCGCCAUGUUAAUUAGAAAUCCGCCAUAUUUUUCUUACAGGAGAGUCGCCCUUUGCUUUUAGGGUAGUGUGAAUUUUUAUCGUAAUUUGUUAAAUAAUGAUUUUAUGAGUUAUUAAUCAUUAUAUUUAGUAUUAGUGGUUAGUGCAAUAUUUGUGAAAUAGUAAAAUAGUCGCCUAGCGGUGACUGAUGUGGUACAAUUUGGAUUUCCUGUUUCGGUUCCCCAAUCUAUUCUAAACAGAAAAUGGCCGACGGUAUUGGUGCGGGUGUCUCCUUUGUUUAGACUGAAUUCUAGUGAAAAUAAGAAAUAUAAGAAAUAAUGCCUAGUGCCUCGUUUUCUUCUUCGCGUUCUUACGUCCGUAGAUCGCGAAGAAAAGGUGGACAUCGGAUACCAUUGCCUUCCAGGACCCAAUCGAGUGAGCCAUGUGAAUCAGUGCCGUGUCCUAAUAACGUGACAGGGAGCGCAAUGGCGGCCACUGCCUGUGCGGGGCCGAGCGGCAGCGGCGGCGGUGGCUCCCCUCCCGUGCCGGCCGCGGCCGCUGCCACUACCGCGGGCCACCACAGCCCAUACGACCUGCGCCGCAAGUCGCCGCCCGCCUACCACGAGCCCGGCCCCUCGGGCGCCUGCUCGCUGCCGGCCAGGAAGAGGCCCAGGACAUCUCUGUCCCAGGGCGUGGACGUGUGCAAUGUGUCGCAGUACUUGCAGUAUGAGCUGCCUGAUGAGGUGCUGCUGUGCAUCCUGUCGCACCUCACCGAGCGCGAUCUGUGCCGCGUCGCGCAGGUGUGCAAGCGGUUCAACACUAUUGCCAACGACACUGAAUUGUGGAAAAGCCUGUACCAAUCGGUGUUUGAAUACGACACUCCGCUGAUGCACCCCGCGCCGUGCCAGUUCGAGUUUGUGGCGGCGGACGAGUGCGACGCCGACAACCCGUGGAAGGAGAGCUUCCGCCAGCUCUACUACGGCAUCCACGUGCGCCCCAACUUCCGCCCCAAGAAGGACUCGCGCAUCAAGCACUUCAACACUAUUAGGCAGGCCUCUCUGGAAUACGUGGAGGAGCGGGGCGGCGGCGGCGCGGCGUGCGCGUGCGGCGCGGGCGCGUGCACGUGCCGGCGCGCGGCCGCCGCGCCGCAGCCCGCGCUCGUGUUCGUGCACGCCGGCCUCUACCAAGAGGAAUGCCUCGCCAUCGAUACCGACGUGCAACUCAUUGGUUGUGCCCCGGGCAACGUAGCAGAGUCUGUUGUCCUGGAACGUGAAGCGGAGUCGACUCUCACCUUCGCGGAGGGCGCCAACCGCGCCUACGCGGGCCACAUGACGCUCAAGUUCUCGCCAGACGCUACCAGCACCAUGCAGCACCACAAGCACUACUGCCUGGAGGUCUCCGACAACUGCUCUCCCACCGUCGAUCAUUGUAUUAUACGGAGCGCCAGUGUUGUGGGUGCGGCUGUAUGCGUGAGCGGCGCGGGCGCCAACCCAGUGAUCAAGCACUGCGACAUCAGCGACUGCGAGAACGUAGGGCUGUACGUCACGGACUACGCCCAGGGCGCCUACCAGGAUAACGAGAUAUCCCGCAACGCGCUCGCCGGCAUCUGGGUCAAGAACUUCGCCAACCCUAUCAUGCGCCGCAACCACAUACACCAUGGACGAGACGUCGGUAUUUUCACCUUCGAGAAUGGCUUGGGCUAUUUCGAAGGAAACGACAUCCACAACAACAGAAUCGCCGGUUUCGAAGUGAAGGCCGGCGCGAAUCCCACCGUAGUACACUGCGAGAUCCACCACGGACAGACCGGGGGCAUUUACGUCCACGAGUCUGGCCUCGGCCAGUUCAUAGACAAUAAGAUACACUCCAACAACUUCGCGGGCGUCUGGAUCACGUCCAACAGCAAUCCCACCAUACGGCGCAAUGAGAUCUACAACGGACACCAGGGAGGCGUGUACAUAUUUGGCGAGGGCCGUGGACUUAUUGAGCACAACAACAUCUAUGGGAACGCUUUAGCAGGCAUACAGAUACGCACAAACAGCGACCCCAUAGUGAGGCACAAUAAGAUCCACCACGGGCAACACGGGGGCAUUUACGUACACGAGAAGGGCCAGGGGCUUAUUGAGGAGAAUGAGGUCUACGCUAACACACUGGCCGGCGUCUGGAUCACUACAGGGUCCACACCUGUGUUGCGACGCAAUCGAAUUCACUCAGGAAAACAGGUCGGCGUGUAUUUUUACGACAACGGCCACGGCAAACUAGAAGAUAACGAUAUAUUCAACCACCUAUACUCAGGAGUACAAAUAAGGACAGGGAGUAACCCUGUCAUCCGUGGCAACAAGAUAUGGGGCGGGCAGAAUGGUGGCGUUCUAGUCUACAAUGGGGGUCUAGGGUUACUGGAGCAGAAUGAGAUCUUCGAUAACGCCAUGGCCGGUGUAUGGAUAAAGACUGACUCAAAUCCCACGCUCAAGAGGAACAAGAUUUUUGAUGGGCGUGAUGGUGGCAUCUGUAUUUUUAAUGGUGGCAAGGGUGUACUGGAGGAGAACGAUAUAUUCCGCAACGCACAAGCGGGUGUUUUAAUCUCAACACAGAGCCACCCCGUGUUGCGACGUAACCGCAUCUUCGACGGCCUCGCUGCGGGCGUCGAGAUCACCAACAACGCGACAGCUACCCUAGAACACAAUCAGAUAUUCAACAAUAGAUUUGGAGGUUUAUGUCUGGCAUCGGGCGUGUCGCCGCUGGUGCGCGGCAACAAGAUCUUCAGCAACCAGGACGCGGUGGAGAAGGCGGUGGGCGGCGGACAGUGCCUCUACAAGAUCUCCUCCUACACCUCCUUCCCUAUGCACGAUUUCUACAGGUGCCAGACAUGUAAUACGACAGAUCGUAACGCCAUAUGUGUCAAUUGCAUUAAAACCUGCCACUCGGGACACGAUGUGGAGUUUAUUCGCCAUGACAGAUUUUUCUGCGACUGUGGCGCAGGCACGCUGUCCAACCAGUGCCAGCUGCAGGGCGAGCCCACGCAGGACACGGACACGCUCUACGACUCGGCCGCGCCCAUGGAGUCGCACACGCUCAUGGUCAACUGAAUAGUACCACGUCCGAGCACUGCCCUCCAUGUGACCAGCCCACAGUGUAACUAAUGCAGCGUGCAAUGCUCUAAGCCUGAAAGACAGAAUAUUGAAUCUGUGCUCCCACUGCGCGUAUGUUAAGGAUGGGGAGCUGUGGAGUGUACUUUGACUUUGCUCAGGCUUAAUACACUGUUAAAACUAGACAAAUGAGUGUCAGACAUAAAUCUGUCUCGUUUUAACUCAUUUAGACAAAGUCAAAGUACAAUCUAUUGACUUGACAUUUCGUUCAUACAAAAGUGUCAAAAAAAUCACCUAGAGGGCGAAUCCACGCAGGACACGGACACGCUCUACGACUCGGCCGCGCCCAUGGAGUCGCACACGCUUACGGUCAACUGAACAGUACCACGUCCGAGCACUGCCCUCCAUGUGACCAGCCCACAGUGUAACUAAUACAGCGUGCAAUGCUAUAAGCCUGAUCGGCCGAAUAUUGGAUAUGACCUUUAUGCAAGAGAACAAGCACUAACGCAUCAUACACAACUGAUGAAUGGCUCAUGCAUCAAUCCAAACAGAAAACAUUUUCCCCAGCCUAGGCUUCAGCGUCUCCGUGUGGCCGCUAGACUGCGGUACUAGGUAUUUCUAGCAAUGUUCCUUGAUAAAGAUUAAAAGCUUACAUUUUUGGUAUUAAAACAACUCUGCUUCGCUACCGACCGAGUCCAUCUCUGUGUGAAUUGACCCUAAUAGCUCGUUCACAUAGGCUGCGUAAGUGUAGACGUAGCGCGUCCCAUUGCAUUGUAAUGUAUGGAACUGUAUGAAACAUGGCACACCGCUUGCGUAAAGCGUUGACGUAUGCGUCACCCGGUGUGUCAGGGGUCUACGCACGUGUCACGUGUACGCAAUUUGUGUGAAUCGGCCUUAAAGCUUUCAUACUGCGUUUUGUCACCCGCCGAAUGUGAACGAUCGUUGCGCAGCUUGCCAUACACUAAUUAAUCUAAUAUUUAUAAAAUUGGACUUGUAUAUAUUUUCUCGUAAGUAGAAUGCGUUAUCGCAUCCAGUAUUUGACUCCCUAUACUAUGUUUAUUUUUAAGUUCUCAUUAGGCUAUUUGGUGAAACCAAAUUUCGUUGGCAUUUGUCAUAAUCAUGUUUAAGAUCAAAACAGAAUCAUAAGCACUAGAAAAAGCUAAGGUGGCGUUUAAACUAAAGUCUAGCUUUCUUAUUGAUUUUUACUGGAAUUUCACAUCAGUUUCUCAACUGUUUUUCUGUCUUGGUUUACUAUUAGUUUGUACGCGGCCUUACUAGUGCGUUUGUAUGUAAGGGAGUGGAAAAAAAUAUUUUUUUAAAUUUAACGGGCAUUGCACGUGGUUGCAUUAGUUACAGCGUGCCGGUUCACAUUGGCCGGAAGCCCAACAGUCUACUCUAGCAACUAUUUUUAUUACCUAAAACUUCGCAUUGUACAUUCACGUAAGUCGCUGAUAUAAUAUAUGUUCGUCGUAUGGUAACAUUUAAUCGGUUCAAUUAUGUAUUUUAUCGAUGUACUUUAUAUAGGAUGACGAAACAAAUACGCUAUUUGUAUAUGUAGGGGGCGUUUUUAUCAUCGGUACUUAAAUAAUGUAUUUCGUUGUGUAGAAUCAUGCAUUCCCAAAUUGUAAUCACCCCACUUUCGGUGUCACAUUUAUAUAUUUAGAACGUAACAUUUGUUUUAUAAGUAAUACCGAAUAGCGACUAUAUCGUAACGUCUACUAUAGCUAUCGUAAUCAUGGAGAAGAUGUCGUUUAAUUUAUCUCGGAAGGAAAAGUCAUAAUUAAGUUACGUGAUUGAUUCGAGCCAGCGGCUGUCACAGUCAGGUUAGCUAAUUGUAUUAUAAAUAACCGUAAGUAUUUUUUAACUAUUUGACUUUAAUUCUUUUUCAUAGGAGCACUUAUUAUUUAGCUCUCCCGAUGGGGGUGAUCGUUCGCGUUUUCGUUUUAGUUAAUAAAGAUAUUUGACCAGUUCGUUUCGCGUUGGGGUGGAACAGUGAUUAGGAGGCCGACUCGCCUAACUACUCCUAAUGCGCUUUGUAAAUAUUUAUAUCACACAAUAAUCGAAAAAAUUUAGCAAUUAAUGUAAUUUGUAUCAUUAUAUUUUUAUUAUUGAUCACAACAUGUAUGUUUAAUUAAUUAUUACGGAGGAGUACGUACGUUAUGUUCGGAAGGAAUCGUCGCGCGUCGCCGAUGGCUCCGGACUCCGGAGCCCUUGUGUAUAUUAAAUGCAAAUGAAGAACGAGUGUGCAUAUUUAACUGGAAAAGAUCUUAGGUACAAUUGAUAUUUUAUUAUAUUGUUAAUUUAAAUGUGGUAUUGAUAUCGACGACAAGCAAUGUUGAGCCGGGGCCGCUCGCGGUCGGAUCGCGGUUAGUCGUAAGUUAGCCGAUAAGCUAUAAUGAAAACCUAAAUUACUCAGUAAUCACUAUCGCAAUUUACGAAUUGUUAAAUUCUCCAUAGCACGGUAUGUUCUGUGUCUGCUUUUUUAUAUCCUCAAUCUGUGAUCAUCGCUAAUUACAUAAAAUAUAUGUAAGAGAAGUACUUUAAUUUUCCGCGUACAGAAUAAUGUGACUUUAGUUAUUUGUAAAAGCAAAAUUUGUCGUGGCGCCGAUGCUUUAAUUAAUUUGAAUUAAUGUGAAAUUGUUAUUUAUUGAAUUGUCAGUAUGUUUAAUUUAUUGAUUAUAAAAUAUCUGGAUAAUAUUUUCUUGAUACCUGAGAAUACCACUGUAAAAGCCGUGAUAUACAUCAUAUAAUAUUAUAAAAUUGAAUUUUAUUAAUUACU